UACGCAACCCCUUUCGCAAAGAAAGAAAGCUAUCGAGAGAGAGAAAGAGCAGUAGAGAACGAGAGUUUAGAGAAAGAGAAAACCUUUAGAGCGAGAAACUAUGGCGGCAACAGUUUCUCCCUGGUCCAAACCCGGCGCUUGGGCCCUAGACUCCGAAGAGCAAGAAGCCGAACUUCUGAAGGAGCAGGAGAAGAAGGCAGGCAUGGAGCCUCUUCAUGAUUUCCCUUCUCUUUCCGCCGCCGCCAUCACGAAGCCUAAGAAAAAGAAAGGUCAGACUCUUUCUCUAGCCGAGUUCACCACCUAUGGAGGUCCUAAACCAGUUGCCCAACCCACCGCCCCUGCGGGUUUGACCCAUGAAGAUCGCAUGGCUCUCCCUAAGGGCCCUCGAGAGCGUACCGCCGAAGAGCUUGAACGGGCCCGUCAUAGCGGCUUUAGGUCGUUUGAUCGAGGUGAUAGGAACGGCGACGAGUCGUCGAAUUCGAGGUGGAAGAGUUCUGAUAGGAACAGUAAUGGGUUUGGUAAGGAUGCGCCUAGGGACUCGGGGCCUUCUCGGGCUGACGAGGCCGACAAUUGGGCAUCGACGAAGAAAUCGUUUGGGGGUGGUAAUGAUUUCGAGAGAGGCGAGCGAAGAGAAAGAAGAGGGUUCUUUCCUGAUUCUCAAUCGAAGGCCGAUGAAUCGGAUAGCUGGGUCACGAAUAAGAGCUUUGUGCCGUCCGAGGGACGAAGAUUUGGGUCGAAUGGUGGUGGGUUUGAGAGGGAGAGAAAAGUGGGUUUCACCUCCAAUGGUGGUGGAGCAGAUGGGGACUUCUGGGGUAAGAGAAGGGAGGAGAGUAAUGGUGGAACUGGGAAUGAGGGUGGGAGUGUGGGUGGAGGGAGGCCAAGGUUGAAUUUGCAGCCGCGAACGCUACCUGUUGUUAGCGAUGGAGGCUCGCCCGGUUCAGGUUCGGGGACUGUGGCGGCUACUGUGACCAAGCCAAAGGGCUCAAACCCUUUUGGAGAGGCCAGGCCGAGGGAGGAGGUUUUGGCUGAAAAAGGACAGGACUGGAAGAAGAUCGAAGAGCAGCUUGAUUCGUUGAAGAUUAAGGAGGUGAAUGAGAAGCCAGAGGGUGGAUCUUCAUUUGGGAAAAGGAGUUUUGGAAUCGGGAAUGGGCGAUCUGUUGACCGCAUUGAAAAGAGUUGGAGGAAGCCUGACACGGAGGAUACUAAUUCCCAAAGUGCUGAAAAAAGCGAGGAGGAUGGGCCAUCAGCUGAAGAGAAUUGAGAGCAUUCACCAGAAAACAGAGGAAAAAGUUGAUUCAAGUUAUUAGAUCUGUGGAUUCCGUGAGACUACUAUUUAUUUGUUUGUUCCCUAUAUAUUUUGGCUGUCACAUAUAACAUUGAACUGGCAUUUGACAAUUUUGGUAGGCUGCUUAAUUAGUUAUAGGAGUUUUGUCUCGAUGGCUUGCUUUGUAGUUUGUGUUGGAACUGAAAAAUUUGUGGAAUUGAGAAAUAUUCGUCACCUUAAUAAUUUAUAUUGUUUUGUCGUCAAA